AUGGGUCUUGCUAUUCUUGUUGUUCCUGCUGCCGUUCAUCAUAUUCUUCAUGUUCAGCUAGGGCUAGCAAAGGCAUGGACUUUGGGUUGGGCCAGUUCUCACAGCCCUUCAGCCUUCUCUCGUCCUCCUCCUCAUGCCUCCAGGCCAGAGUCCACGUUCAAGGAGCACAACACUCUGAAUCCGAGGCAAAAGCAGGCGCUGGCAAAGCAGCUGAACCUAAGACCAAGACAAGUGGAGGUUUGGUUUCAGAACAGGAGGGCAAGGACUAAGUUAAAGCAAACAGAGGUGGAUUGUGAGUUGCUAAAGAGAUGCUGUGAGAAACUAACAGAAGACAACAGGAGGUUGCAGAAGGAAGUGCAAGAGCUUAGAGCACUCAAGCUUUCACCACAGCUCUACAUGCAAAUGAGCCCUCCCACAACCCUCACCAUGUGCCCUUCAUGCGAGCGUGUGGCCAUCUCACACUUGUCAUCUUCUGCUGCUGCCGCUGCUUCCUCCACAUCUCCUGCAAAUGGCCAAACCUGCCAUAGUGGUCCGCCCAACGUCCAGCGGCCCAUCCCAUUUCGAAGAGGGAGAUUUCCUUGUGGAUCAAUUCUGAUUGGGAAGAGGCAGAGCUCUCGACCUCAGGAUAACUCAGAAGCUAUGAGACCUACGCGCUAGCCAACUGCGCUAGCUCACGACCGAAGAUCAAGGAGCUUUUCCAGAUCACACAUUGCUCUCAGUCUCUCUCACUCCCAUUUCGGUCCAUAAUGGCUGCUGGUCAGCUAAUGGGGACAAAACCUCCAUAAUUGGGAGACAAGGCUAUCGCUUCAGCAUGUGGGUAUGUAC